GUUGUAAAAUUAUGCCUGGAGUGUCUGCAGAAGCGGGAGCCAGUGUUUGCUGACACCACCUUGUACAUGCUGAGGAUACUGAGCAUUGUUUCGGAGGUCCUCUCCUACCUGCAGGCCUUUGAAGAGGCCUCGGACUAUGCUAGGAGGAUGGUGGAAGGCUACAUGAAGCUCUACCACCCCAACAAUGCCCAACUGGGCAUGGCCGUGAUGCGGGCAGGGCUGACCAACUGGCAUGCUGGUAACAUUGAGGCGGGGCAUGGGAUGAUCUGCAAAGCCUAUGCCAUUCUCCUGGUGACACACGGACCGUCCCACCCCAUCACCAAAGACUUAGAGGCCAUGCGGGUGCAGACAGAGAUGGAGCUGCGCAUGUUCCGCCAGAACGAGUUCAUGUACCACAAGAUGCGCGAGGCUGCCCUGAACAACCAGCCCAUGCAGGUCAUGGCCGAGCCCAGCAAUGAGCCAGCUCCGGCUCUGUUCCAUAAGAAGCAAUGAGGACCUGCCUGGUGGGGGAGGGGCAACGUGGCGGGAAACUGGGGAGAGAUUCCGGACGUGGUAUAUUUAGGGGGGGACCCUUGAUGAGGAAAUUGAGGUAAUGUUCAACCUUGUUACUGUGGGA